AUGGCUGAAAAACCAGAUUUCUUCUAUGAAGAGUUCACAAAUGGAGCAACUGUCUUCGGAAACUGGCAAGGAAGGGUAAAGGUUUCUUUAAGGGCUGCGAUAAACUAAACCAUUAGAGAUAUUUAUUAUCACGUUUCAAGCAAAUGGCAUUUUUAAAUAACUUUGAAGUCUUGGAUUCUUAUCAUAACUUAUAUUUGUUAUUUAAAACACUGGGCCUCACAUAACCCAAGUAACUGAAGCUCUUAAAAUAUUGUGGGGACUACAACCCGUAGUUUGGUUUCAAACUAUUUACAAGAAGAGAUAAUUAAAAAAGCAUGAUAUAAAAUCGCUUAAUUUAUAUGCAUUUACUUAUUUAGUUAGACUACUUAGUUUAUUUUCUUCUUUUCUUCAAACCUUUAUUGGUGUUCUUUGCUGCUCUUACGACAGAAUUAUAUCAUCAAGAUGCAAAUUAAAACCCUGAAACUUGACUCAAAAGUUGUUGUUCGAGAGACUGGCUCUGCACAAGGCGAUAUCUACAGUACUUUCCAUGAGGAACAGGUAACUAAGACCGCCCACACUGUAUGUCAGUGCGUCUGAACUUUUAAAAAAGUAACGUCUCUAAAUGAUCAUUCAAACUUCAAAGCUUGCAUCUAAUCGCUAUAAGGCAAACAUAUUAUUUAUUUUCAUGAAUAAAAUGUCGUUGAAUGAUUUCCUGAUAGUUUCAAAAGAAGCGCACGCAGAGUAAAACUUUUUGCCAUUGAACAAUCACAAGAUAAUCGUCUUAAAGUUCUUGAUCAGUUUCACUUUUACUUUUAAAAUUCUUGAUUUUAUUAAGAAUCACGACUCGCAAACCUGUUUGAACCCAGAAAGCGUACCUCUUCCAAAUCACUACAACAACCAAACUUGUGAUCCCAGGCCUCUGAGUCUAACGGAGCAGACAUGGAACAAAUUACGCAGGAAUACAGUGGCGAUAACAGCUUGGAUAUGGAACGGAGUAAACAGGGCAUUAAAAACAACUGUUGACUUUGUGGCGACAAUGACCUGUAAAUUUUGCGGUGGAGUAAAGUUUACGGUAGAGUGGAUCUUUGACAAGGUGCCGUGUAUGGCUGAGUGGACCUGGCAGCAGAUCUUGUGGAUGGCGCGGUGGACUUGGGACAAAGCAACCGAUUUUGCAGAGUGGACUUGGUGCCAACUCACUGACCUGGCUAACGGAAUUUGGGAUACGAUUACAUGGAUUAUUAAUUUCUGUUUCACUUCGAUUUGCGCCUUCAUUGAUACUGUUUCUGAGCUGUACGCUGUAUACGUUAAGAGUAAGUGAAGAUCCUGUUUGUUUGUAAAGUAAAUUAUAUCAGCACAGCUUGACCAUAGUAGCUAUAAGGAAACACUUCAGACUCAGGAACUGGAAGGGUAUUUUCGGGAUCUUGGAUACGGUGCAAGAUUCGGAAAAACGAAAAUAUCUUGAUGCGAAAAGAUAUUUUUUAAAAAAGAAGCGAGAAUCGGGUUAUCAGAAUCCCUCCUUUCAGACCCAUGACCCUGUAGACUGUCUCUCGUGCGCAGUGAAACGCGAGAUAAGACUUUCUUACCAAAACAUAGCAGAAACUCAAUGAGGUUGUGUGCUCAACUCGCCGUUCCCGUCUAAUCCAAGUUAUUUGGAAAUUUGCUGAGUGUAAUGAUGUACUGUUUUGUUAUCCACAGGUCACGUGAGAUACAUCAGAUCCCUGUUCGGUGAUAUUACUAGACAGGAAAUAAUCAGAACACUGAUUACAAGUUUUGUGUUGGUUUCUACCUUGCUCUUCAUUUAUAAGACAAUAAGAUAUGUUAUUCGGAGACGAAGGUAA